GACUAGCAGCUAAAUAGGAAGAGGUAAUACUAGAGUUAGUAAACAUUUAAACUCAUAUUUCCGUGAAAAGUAUAAAAAGGGUAGCGUCUUUGCGAAGUUUGUAGAAAUUAGUUCGUUAUUCCCAUCGCUAACUGUUGCAACUGCUCGCUAACUCACUGUCGUUUCUCUUUGGCUGUUUUAAGUUGGUCUAAAAUUAGCGCGACUAGCUGGUUAAAAAAACAGUAAAUGUGAAGUUUAGCAGGGAAAAAUAUUAGUAGUUGUCCUCUGCCGCCAGCGCAGAUGCCUCGUUUGGAAAAAUUAAAUGGCAGAAGGACACAAAGACCAAAAUUAGAUUGGAGGUUUGUACAGAGGUUCUGCAGCAUCCAGAAGGUCCUGUUCCCAUCAUGGACGAGUCAAAAUGUCCUGAUGUUUGGGACGCUGCUUUGCGUCACUCUGACAGAGCAGCUGAUCAUUUACCAAGUAGGUGUCCUCCCCAGUCACUUCUACAAUGUGCUGGCAGACAAAGAUUCCUCAGGUUUCAAGAAUCUGGUGGUCACAGCUAUGGUGCUCAUUUUACUCAAUUCCACAUUGAAAAGUCUCGACCAGUACAUUUGCAAUCAGAUGUAUGUUAACUGGAGGAAGACGCUAACUGAGAGCCUCCACACAGCGUACUUCCAGGGCAGAGUCUAUUACACACUUAAUGUACUCAGAGAGGACAUAGAUAACCCAGACCAGCGAAUCAGUCAGGAUACAGAGAGGUUGUGUAAGCAGAUGAGCACCAUGGCCAGUCGUCUGAUCGUGUCACCGUUCACACUGACUUACUACACCUACCAAUGCUUUCACAGCACUGGCUGGAUCGGCCCUGUGAGUAUCUUUGGCUACUUUGUGAUUGGGACCAUUGCCAACAAAAUGCUUAUGGGGCCAAUUGUGUCGACUCUGUUUGAGCAAGAAAAACUGGAAGGAGACUUCAGAUUCAAGCACAUGCAGAUCCGUGUCAACGCAGAGUCUGCAGCUUUUUACAGAUCUGGUAAAGUGGAACACAUGAGGACUGACAGAAGACUGCAGGCUCUGCUGCAAACUCAAAAGAAUCUAAUAAACAAAGAGCUCUGGCUUUAUAUUGGGGUGAACACUUUUGACUACCUCGGAGGUUUCCUCAGUUACAUUAUAAUCGCCAUCCCCAUCUUCACUGGUAUCUAUGAUGAUCUUACUCCUGGUGAACUCAGCGCACUUAUCAGCAAGAACGCCUUUGUGUGCAUCUAUUUGAUAAAUGGCUUCUCGCAGCUAAUAGACCUGUCGACCACUCUGUCAGAUGUUGCUGGAUACACCCACAGGAUCGGAGAGCUGAGGGAGGUGAUGGAUGACAUCCUACACAAGCAGUGCGACUACGACCCGGCGUCGGGGGAAUGUUACGACUUUGACAGUGACUUCAAUGUGCACGCAGGCCCUGCGGAUACUGCCUUCAUCCUGGACCAUCUUUCAUACAAAUCUCCUUAUUCAGACGAGCUGCUGGUGGAGGAUCUGAGUCUGAAAAUCAGUCAGGGAACACAUCUGCUGGUGGUAGGGAACACAGGGACCGGCAAGACGUCUCUCCUGAGGGUCCUCAACCGGCUCUGGGAGGCACACAGCGGUUUUGUCCAGAUGACAACAUGUUUUGGGCCCAGAGGAACCCUCUUCCUGCCACAAAAACCGUACCUGACAGAUGGCACACUACGCGAACAGGUGAUCUACCCACUGAAGGAUAUUUACCCUGCAUCAGGGUCAGUGGACGAUGACAGAAUUGUUAAGUUCCUGGAGUUAGCUGGGGUGUCCAGUAUCCUGAAGCGGACAGGUGGGCUGGAUGAAAAAGUGGAUUGGAACUGGUACGAUGUUCUGUCUCCAGGAGAAAUGCAGCGUCUCUGCUUUGCACGACUCUUCUACCUGCAGCCUAAAUAUGCAGUGUUGGACGAGGCCACCAGCGCUUUGACUGAGGAGGCGGAGGCACAGCUGUACCGAACAUGUAAACAACUCGGCAUGACUUUGGUCAGUCUGGGACACCGUAGCAGCUUGGAAAAGUACCAUGAUGUCCAGCUGAAACUCUGUGGAGGAGGCCGAUGGGAGUUAACUAAGUUAAAAGACGCCAGCGGGAGCCUCAGUCUCAGAGAAGAAGCCACAACAUCUCUUUGAAAUCUUGGACUCGGAGGUAGUGUCAGUGUGGGAGAAGACAGAAAACACUCGAUUCCUAAAUAACUAACUGCUCCAGUUGAGGUGAUAAACUCCACACGUCCAGUCUGAAUGUAUUUAUGUUGUUUAUAUCCACUGGCCUUUCAAGAUGAUAACAUUUUUCAAAAGCUUGCUUGGUUAAAUAAGAGUUUAAGAAAACGGGUGGAAGCUCAACUCUGUUUCUAAAAAAAUGAUUGAUGGUCUGGAGGAAGCCUGUGGGUCAGUAAGCAGAGCUCAACUAAAAUGUUGUGGACAUGAAGACUUUGCCAAAUGAACGGUUUGGAUAAUUAUGUAAUUGUGAGUAUGAAUUCAACAAUCAUGAAAACAAAUCGGGAAAGAGAAAAGACACUUUAGAUUCAGAAAAGCAGGGCCUUAAGUGGGUGAAAACUUGUUUAUUCCGUUAUGUUUACAAUCACUAUAUUGGUUAUUAGUUGCACUGUAAUAAAAAUAUAUAAUGUUCUCAGCUCUUUGUAACUGCUAUCAAAAGCAGAGUACUUCUGUGGAUUAUACGUACGAUUUUUAAGACUUGUUUACCUGAUUUUAUACUUACAAGUACAAUAAGUACAAUAAAAACAAAACAUACAUGG